AGUGCAGUGUAUGUACAAUUAAUGUACGGCGUAUGAUGACGUCAUGUAGAUAGUACAUGUCGACAUGUCCUGUCUUUGAAAUUGAAGUCUCGACUUUUAUUUGAAUUUCAAUUUAUUUCUGCAAGAAACUACAGUGAGCUGCCGUGAGCUUGAGGUUCGGAGAGCUAGAGGUAGGAGCUUCCGGCUCCCCCUGUAAUACUAGUCCAUGGCCGCCAAAGAGAAUGUAUCUUCCCUGGUGAGACGCAGGGAGAUGUGCCGGUCGCACAGAGUCAGCGGACGUUUGCAUGCCACGAAUGGGUUCGUCGACCGACUCAGUAAACGCACUCUGCUACAAGGACACGAAGGAUGUGUGAACUGUAUGGAAUGGAACGAAUCUGGGACUUUACUUGCUUCUGGAUCCGACGACAAAACAGUGAAGUUAUGGCGACCUGAUGGAGAUGACAAGAGUCCGCUUGUUGACAUCCAGACAGGUCAUACAGAGAUAAUUUUCUCAGUGAAAUUUAUGCCAAAGUGUAAUGACCGCAAGGUGGUUAGUGCAGGCUCGGACCGUCAAGUUCGCGUGUAUGACCUGGAGCAAGGACAAACUGUUAACAGCUGGAGUUGCCACAUGUCGAGGAUCAAGCGCAUAGCAGUUACACCUGACGUGAUUUUUAGCGGCUCUGAGGAUGGAACCGUAGUUAGACAGGAUAUGCGCACGUUACACCCGAGCUGCGGAUCUCAUGGACGAGUAGUACAACAGUGCUCGAAUGCUAUCAUCCGUACGUCUGUUCCCAUCAAGUGCAUAGCUAUAAAUCCAGUUCGAACACACUUAAUGGCCGUCGGCUUAUCAGACAAACAUGUUCGGCUGUACGACUUGCGCCACACUAGUAACAAUGAGGAUGGCUGCCGUCCAACAUACUUUUGUCCUGGUUCAGUAUUCAAUGGGUCCAGCGGUGGCGUACCCCCAGGGACAAUGUCAGUCACGUACGUAAGCUGGUCUGCAGACGGCCGUAAACUGCUGGCUAACUACACGGGUGAUCAGGUCUACAUGUUUGAUGUCCAUGAGGAUGUGACUGUGAGUGCUGGCGUGCAGGUCCAACGCAAAGAUCGUCAAUUCUCGGUGCCACGGUUGCCAGACCCAGUGGACACUAUGGGUAGCCACGCAUCACUUAGUCAUGCAGCAUCUGGCGUGCCUGAUUCAUUGCAGGAAUGCACAGCAGUAGGUGAGCUUGAGCAAUGCCUGGAGCAGCUUCCGGACAACUGGCUUUCAUCCAAAGUAGGAGAAUGCUGGUUGGCUGCGCACCGCAUGCCGCUGCUUCCCUUUGGUCAUGAGCGCCUGCGCCAGGAGCUUGGGAAGCGUAGCUGGCGCGGAGAUCGGUACGCCGCGUUGCUCGCCGCACGCACAGUGGCUGCUCUCCGUCCGGACUGCGCGAGUGCCGCUCUCAACGUCCUGGAUGCCUACACGAAACUCCGCUGGUGGCGCGUGGCCGCUGAGUGCGAGACCGAUCUGGUGGAACGUUUUCCACACGUCGUCGAACUGCCCGGGUACCGAUCCUUGCUGUCGGAUCUGCAACACCCACACCGCCCUCACCGCCCUCUGAUGCAACCACCAGAUUCCGUAUUGGACUGCAGCGGUUAUUUCUGCGGACAUGUUAACCGCCUAACCGAUAUCAAGGAGGCAAAUUUCCUUGAUAGGGAUAGCAAGUAUGUGGUCGCUGGUAGUGAUGAUGGCAGGGUUUACAUCUGGGAAACGGACAGUACACGACUGGUGCGAACGAUGAGAGGUGAUACUGAAGUAUUGAACUGCUGCCAGCCUCACCCAUACCAGAUUCUGUUGGCCACCAGUGGAAUUGACGACACCAUUUCCCUGUGGUGUCCCGGAAGCCAAGAGCAGGUGGACAGUGACGUCAUCGAAACAGGUUCAGAAGUAGAGAAUCUUGCACGUCUUAGCCAUGACAAUUACACUGCACAUACCGGUAGUAGGGUGUUUUCGCUUGGUGCCAUCAGCUUUCGGCCUCUCGAGAUAUGACUACCGGUAUGAGGUAACUUUACAAAUUGCAUUUUUUUUAGCCAUGGACUCCGUCUAUAUGUGUUCAGUUGGUACCUCCACGUUAUUCUGUUUCAUUGAGUGAGACUAUCUUCCUGCACACGUUUCCUUGUGUAGGGUAUCGUACUGUUCCGUCGCAGUUUGCUGCGAGGGUAUUUUCUUCGUCCACACACUUUUCCGUAUUUUUGUCUGUCGUCCAUCCGGAAAAUAUUUACAAAAUUACUCACUUCGUUUUGUUUUCAUAUAUUCUUUCUACACAGUACCCCACAGUUACUGUCCCGCUACCUGAACUGGCUGCUGCUGCGGUUGCAUUCAAUGUUAGUAUCACCCCAGCUCUUAACCCCCAAAUUCGCUCGCACAAUUGCUCUGCUCCCCAGCUGCUGCUUGCACUACUGGCAUAUCACUUGAAACACUCGCUGCAGUUUGUUGCUGCUUCGGCCGAAUCCAUGUUUGUCUUGCUACUUGUUCCCACUCAGUAUACAGUGUAUUGCAUGUUGAGUUUUUACCAUGCUAUGCUGCUGCUGCUGCUGCUGCUGUUGCACAUAGCACGUUUUAAUGUGUGGCCUAUUCCCGCUAAGAUGCACUGGAUUGACCCACGUUUAACUCACAUACAGUAAAGGCGAUUGCGCCUGUAAUUGUGUUCAAAACACUGUAAGUGUAAAGAUGGUAUGAUAGUGGCA